AUGAAGUUGAUUUGCACAUUUUUGAUGUGUUCAAUUUUUGAAGUUUAUGCUAUUUACAUAUAUAAAGUUACCACAUCACAAGGGACUGUUCAAGGAGAUUUUUAUCGAAAUAAAGAUGGUAAAUCCUACGACUAUUUUCUGGGAAUCCCGUAUGCUCAAGCUCCAACCGGAAAGAAUCGUUUUAUGAGUCCCGAGAGCCCCAAAUACUUUACCUAUCAUGAUGGAAGGAAAGAUCCAAACAUGUGUGUGCAAGCACCAACAUCUACAUCUUCUCCAGUAGGAAAUGAAGAUUGCUUGUAUCUAAGCAUUUACUCACCCAGCGUCCCUACAUCAGAAAAGCAUACAAAUCUUAAGAAUCCAAAAUAUCCCGUGAUGGUAUGGUUUCAUGAUGGUAAAUUUGAUAAAGGUUCAGGGAAUUACGGAAAUGUGAGACCAGAUUAUCUUGUUCAUAAAGGAGUUGUUGUGGUUACUGUGAAUUAUCGUUUAGGUGUAUUUGGAUUUCUAAGUUUUGGAAACAAGCAAUUACCUGGCAAUAUGGGUUUAAAAGACCAGGUUAAAGCGCUUAAAUGGGUUAAUGAAGAAAUUGAAAAUUUUGGCGGAGACAAAACUAAAAUAACGGUAUUUGGAAGUGGUUCGGGAGCAGCAAGUAUACAUUAUUUAAUUCUUUGUGAAUCAUGUCGGAGUUUAUUCCAACGAGCAAUUUUACAGAGUGGAUCUGCUCAUAACCCUUGGGCUUUGCAGCGCCAGCCAUUGGAAGAAGCAAAAAAAUUACUCAAAAAAGUGAACAUAAAUACGUAUGACGAUGCAAAUGCAAAAGUAUACCUUUCUUUGCUACAAGGAAGUACUGCUAAUCAAUAUUCUAGCGGAAAUCUUCUUAAAUCCAGUAUCGAUAUUACUACUCAAAAAGGUAAAACUAUGAAUUUAUCACCUUUCCUACCAGUUAUUGAAAACGACAAAGGUUCUGAUGCAAUAAUAGAAAAACCUGUAAAAGAAUCAUCUGAAGAAUUAAAAAAAUCUAAGGGCUUGCAAGUAAUUAUUGGCUUUAAUAAGGAUGAAGGAAUAAAUUUUGCAAACGAAAAUAUUGGGGUAAUAAAUUAUUCUGACGAAGUGUUGGCACUUUUUUUACCUAACGAUAGUAAAGAUACAACUAGUAAAGAACAAUGCGUACAGCUUUUAAAUAAAGCAUAUUUUGAUAAAUCCUUGUCAGAAAAUGAAAAAAAAGGUCAAUUUGUCAAUAUGAUAGGUGAUGCUCAUUAUAUCUACGGAAUUUACCAAACUGCUAAGGAGUUUGCAAAUGCAGGAAUCACUACAUACUUUUAUAGAUUUUCAUAUGAGGAUAAUGACUAUACCACAUCAUCAUAUAAAAAUCUUCGUGGAGUUCCGCACGGAGCAGAAUAUAAAUAUUUAUUUAGACCAAAAGAUGAUUUUUUCGGCAGUGGUGGGGCAAAUCAUCUUUCAAAUCAAAAUGAUAGGAAUGUUCAAGAAAAUAUUCUAAAUAUGUGGAAGUCUUUUGCAGAUAAUGGAAAUCCCACUCCAAAUAAAUUGCCGGCGGAAUGGAAGCCACUUGAUAAAGGUGUCAUUUCCUAUUUAGAUAUUGGUCAAACUUUAAAAAUGAAAAAUAUGGAUGAACAAUCUCGAAUGAGCACUUGGGAUAAAAUAAUGGCUGAAUGCAAAAACUAA